CUGGGCUGGGCAGCAGGUUUACUGGAGCAGCAGCAGCAGCGCUCAUAAUCCUCCUCAUAUCUGAUGCUGAUUGUCCAGAGAGCAGCUGGUGUGGUGCUGCAUUUGGUGACCAGACGACUCUGCAGAUCAAUUCAAUUUGGGAGUUAAAGUAGGAUGCCUGGAUUUCUGUGAACUCAGGAUGCAUUAAGGGUCAGCUCAUAAGGGAGAGAUGAGUCUGACUUCCUGGUUCCUGGUGAGUGGCGGGGGGACACGACAUCGUCUCCCCAGGGAGAUGAUCUUUGUGGGGAGGGACGACUGUGAGCUCAUGCUGCAGUCCCGCAGUGUGGACAAACAACAUGCUGUCAUCAACUAUGAGCCAAAUACUGAUGAACAUAAGGUAAAGGACCUGGGCAGCUUAAAUGGGACAUUUGUCAACGAUGUCAGAAUUCAGGAGCAAAUCUAUGUCACACUGAAAAUUGAUGACAAGCUAAGGUUUGGAUAUGAUACCAACCUCUUCACUGUGGUUCGAGGAGAGCUGCAUAUUCCAGAGGAGGCUCUAAAGCAUGAGAAGUUCAGCAGCCAGCUCCAGCUGAGCCACAAGAAACCUCUGGAGGCGCAACCGUCUAAAUCUGAGGUGAAACCCUCCGAGGCAGCAACAGCAGUGUGUGAGGGAACUGCCCCCAAGCCCCCAGAAGCUGGCAGGGUGGAGGAUAAGGCUACAGGGGAUUUAGCGGUGCUGCACAGAGGUACACCUCUCUAUGGUCAGCCCGCCUGGUGGGGAGAUGGAGACACCGAAGAGCAGCAGCAUGGGAGACCUGAGGAGAAAAGUACAGAAAGGAAGCGAGAAAAAGCUGAAACAGACAUCAAGAAAAGCACAGAAGUUUCAAAGUCUGCCCCACAAGCAGCCUCCAACCAGGAGCCCAGCUACUUUGAGAUCCCAACCAAGGACACGCCCUCAGCAGGUAAAGCGAGUGGCGAGAACCCCGGACGAGAACAGGAGGUUGCUGCAUCUUCUUCUGCAGAGCCCGCCCUUGGCCACGCCUCUUUCACCAUUGAGUUUGACCCAGGUGCAUCAGGAAAAGUGACGGUCAAAGAUCGAGUGGCAAAGGUGGGACCAGAGACAAGGCCACGUCCUAAAAGGCCUGUUGGUGAGGAGUUGAGUCCACUUCAAACAGCCAUGGUUGCUGCAGAAGUUAAAGUUGCAGAUUGGCUGGCUCAGAAUGAGCUGCCAUUGGCUCUGAAAGACACGGUUGCAGAAGAAGAUGGGGAGAGUGUGAAGAGUGACGUACCUGUACAUCUGAGGAGUCUUAAAGGCAGUAAACAUGAAGACGGUACUCAGAGUGACUCAGAGAAUGCACUUGGAGAGCAACGAAGGGCUGCAGCCCUGGAGGAGCGCUCAUGGGGUCUUUGGGGAGGUGCAGGGAUGAAGAUCAGAGAGGGUCGAGCUAACGUACCAGAGGGGCUUUUUGCAGAAGAAGACAGUCCUGCACGCCGUCGCAAGUCUUCUACUUCCAAAGCAACAGGUGGAUUUGCAGAGAGGCGACGUGGCUCUGCAACACAUCAGCAGGGUGGCCGGGAUGAGUGCUAUCACCAUGGUGAUGAUUAUAGUGACAGAGGGACUUAUACCAUUGAGCUGGAGAAUGGAGAUAAUGAGGAGGAAGAGGCCAGGAAAAUGAUCGACAAGGUGUUUGGUGUAGAGGAGCAGGAUGCUGUGUGUGUGUCCAGAGUGGGGGGUGCAGACCAAAGAGAGAGACUGAACUCUCAGAAGUCUGGUGCGGGAGAGAGAGGAAAGCCUGGACUCAUGGAGGCAGAGGUACUGCCUGAAGAACUGGUGGUGGGUGGUCCUCGCUGGGUCUCACAGUGGGCCACUCUGGCUGCCAGUCACAUCAGAACAGACCCUGAAGGAUCAGGAGGGGAGAGUCAAGUCAUGGUUGCAGAGGACAGGGCUGAAAUAACUGAGUCCAGUCACUCAGCCUCCUUUUCCUCAUCAGGCUAUGCAGAGCGUAAGAGGAGAACGCUGCCACCACUGCCUGGUGAGGAGAUGGUGUUAGGGAGGAGGACACCAGGCUCUGGUCUGCGAGCAGAUAUGGGGGAGAAACAGGACACAGAGCUACAAGAGAAGGAGAACCAGGAGAAGAAGUUGAGCAGAGGGAAGAACAAGCCUGCUCACGGAGGCAGUCAUGGUGGAAGUCCCAGUCGUUCCUCACCAGCCAAGUCACAGGACAGUGGAGGUGGAAAAUCAAGCCAGUCAGGUGUGAUGGCCAAACUCCCCCCUCGUCCCCUGACCAGUGGAGAGAAGAGAAUGGAGGAGGCACGGAGGAGGAAGAAGGAGGAGGAGAAGGCCAGGGAAAGUACUGGGAAGCCAUUGCUGAGGCAGGAGAGUUUUACUGUGGAGAAACCGAGCUCCAAUGUGCCGAUUGAACUCAUUCCUCGCAUCGAUGGGCUAAAACAGAGCAAAACUCAGAGUAAAGACACGGGCAUUGACAGCGCUACACUGCAGAAAGACUCAGAGGCCGUGGCAGCCUUUUUAGAAACAACUGUGUCGGAUCAAGGUGAUCCACCCAGUCAGUCCAUCGAAGGCUCCAUGUCACCUGAGUCAGACGUAGACACAACAAGCACAGUCAGCCAGGCUGAUGGAGCAAGAAAAGUAGUACAGAAACGGAGAACUCUUGCAGCACAGCAGAAGGAGAGAACAGUUGUGUGCUCAUCUGGAAAAGGCCCUGCUGGGGCACGAGAGAACCAGGACAGGAGGACAAAGACUAAAACAUCAGGUCCUCCACAGCCCAGCCGACCCUGGACUUCCCUUGACCUCACUGAUGAUGACGUCAACUCCAACUCACUCCUCUCUGACUCUCAGCCCACCUCUACACAGGAGUCUCAAAGUUCCCAUACCAGAGGCCAGCCUGGGAGCACUACAGUGGGUGCUAGUACCAAAUCUAGCCGGGCUAAAAUCACCCAAGCUGCUGCCUCUGUAACAAGUAAAUCCGCCAGUGUCCCCAAACCCAGGCCAACCAGGGCUUCUCUAUUGAGGCGAGCUCGGCUUGGGGACUCCUCUGAUACUGAACCUGCUGAUCUUGACCGGAUGUCAGUAGCCUCUGAGGCCUCCACCACCAGCUCUGCAUCCAGGACAGGGAUGGUUAAAAGAGGAAUGUCCAGGAUAGAGGCUCUGGCACAGCCAAGGAGACCAAGGGUUGGCUCCCCAUCAGCUCAAAGUGACUCAGAAGCCACUGUGACACGACAUAGAGGUCUGGGGGCUCGGAGCGUUGCAGGUGACUUCGCCAUCAGACAGGGACUGAGAGGGUCCAAUGUCAGCUCAGGUUCUGGACCCAGAGCCAGAGCCAACAGUGCCUCCAAGCUGCCUGACAAGAGUAAAGGCACCUCAUCUUAUGCACAUGUCACACCUGCAUCUGGAACUCGGUGGCGUCGCGUGCCUGUCGAAUAUGCCUCCACCUCAGAGGACGAGUAUGGCUCAAACCGUCACUUAUCCAAGACGGGACAAACACGGCCGUUUCCUUCCACUCGGGUUGCUCAGUUAGGGGGAUCAGCCCCAGUGUCUCCUAAUCCUGCAGGCCUGUCAGCCCUGAAGCAGCACUCGAGAGAACAAGAUGAGUACAUGAGAGACUGGACAGCGCACAGUGAGGAAAUAGCAAGGAUAAGUCAAGACCUAGCCAAAGACCUAGCCAUGCUUGCCAGAGAGAUUCAUGAUGUGGCAGGAGAGAUCGAUUCAGUCAGCCCUGCAGCCACUGAUCCUGGAGCUCUGCUGGAGGAGCGUGUAUUUGGUGACAGCUUGGACCUUGGCGGUCCCACAGAGAACAACAGCAUGGGAACCAACGGGAGGUCUGUGGAGCUCCGACCUCGGGGCUCUAGUGGACAAAGCUCCCGCUCCAUCCGCAGACAGACAUGGAACAGAGAUGAUGGGGUGCUGGACAGUUUACUGCUGGCAUCUGUGACUCAGCUGUCUACAAGGAUACGUCAGUCAGUCGACAAAACAACCUGCAAAAUAAGGAUCCUCUUCAAGGAUAAAGAAAGAAAAUGGGAAGAGAUUGAGAGCACACUACAGGCGGAGCAUGACUCCUUACUCCUCAAGAGCACCAAUAAGGAGAUUUCAACCAUCCUUCAGGACCUGAAGAGAGUGGAGAGACAGCUAAUAGUAAUCGACAUGAUGGUGGACCCAGACGGCACCUUGGAUGCCCUGUCCACUAUGGGCCUGACCAGCCCUCUGGCAGAGCAGAAGAUCGGCCCUGCUCCUCAGCAGGGGGCGUCAUCGUCACACCCUGAAGCUGGAGCCGCAUCCCGGUCUGAAGCACUGACCAGUGAACCCUGUGGACCUUCAGGCCAUGUAGGGGCAGCGCAAGACCCAGGACCCAAACAAAACUCUGGUUCCUAAACUUGUACACCAUGGACAAAAUUCUGAAUGCAUCCUCCAUGUUAGACAUACUGAAGACAGUUUUCAGUGUUUUGGUUUCAGACUAAGGGGAGCAGAGAAUGAAGUCUGUCCAGCGGGAAUACCUGACUGCCUUGAGUGUCAAUCAAACUCUCGUGAUUGGACUUUGUAAUACUCCAUCACUACCAAAAAGCAGCUCAUCAAAUGAUACAAAAGCAUUACUCUAUCAGUUUGUUGGCUGAUGAUUAUCUAUGUUUUUUUGUUGCAGCUUCUUAUCCAUUAUCCUUGAAAACAUUUAAGAAGAGAACAGGCGUUAAAGAGAAGAGGCCAUACUGUCAGAAAUGUACUUUCAUAACUUCUACUAACUAGGGUCUGAUUUUUCCCUGUUAAAUCGGACAUCCCUCUCUCGACUAAAGUAAGGUCCUUCUAUUUAAUUACAAGCUUUAUUCACUUUUGUUUGGCACUUGUCAAAUUAAAGGCUGAUCCAUAAAAACUUGAAAGGUGCAACAGUGUCAAAAAGUGUUAAGCAGGGGCAUCUGUGAGAAGUGUUCAUCUACCCUGCCAUAGAAUUAUUUAUAGAAAGAAAUAUAUGGGUAAUCCUGUUGCCAUUGCAAUCCCCAAACCUGUCUCAGUAAUGAAUUUCCAUAGAAGAAGGCACAAUUGCUUAUUUUCUUGGAAAAGAACUGAGUGUGUACAGUUUCAGUGUUAAUUAUAAUCCCAUCCAUGCCUUUUUCAUGUUGCCAUGGCUUUUAAAAUUAUCUUUAUGGAAACUUUAAAAUUAAAUGUAGCUCCCACAAAGGUUUUCCUCUUCCAAAUGUAUUUUGUCACAAGUGCCCUAUUUCAAACAAUCAUAACAGUCGGAGAUAAGGGAUGUUACAGUGUAAGGAGCUGGUGAAGGUGGUCUUUGUGUUUUUUGCACAUUACAAGCUACAAACUUGGUAUGUUAAUAUUCAUAUCUAAGGGACCAGAACAUUACUCGCCCCUGUGACGCUCCUUUAUCAUCUCAAUGCCCUUGACCAAAAACAAAGCAGGGUAACAGCCAGCUGCCUGUGGACAAACAGUUUGUCGAAUUUCACCUAAUCACAAACAUAAUGUUGAAUCUGAACCAGCAUAGAGCAUAGGGGCUACCUCUGAGUCCUGCAGCUGCAUCUUAUUGUGAAUAAUGCAGUGAAACAGUGAGCGGAGUAAUGACUGUAGGCUUUCCAAUGUCUUGCCUCAUACCAAUGUUUACACAUGAAUGUAACCUGAUCAGAACUGUUGAUUAAUUCUAGCCAAAACAACUUUAAGAACCGUUAAAAAUUGCAUUUUUUGUUUGUUCUACGCCUGCUGUACUUUGUUUUUUAUUCAGUUGAAGCAUUUGGAGAAUUUUC